CAGCGCACUUCUUUCAUUUCCAGCUUUGCAAGAUCUCCAUUUUCUUCGGGCCGACGCAUAGGAAAAGGGGAUUAAAGACGAGGAAAGAUGAAUGAAGAAUACGACGUUAUCGUGUUGGGAACCGGGCUAACGGAAUGCAUCCUGUCCGGGAUCAUGUCUGUGAAGGGGAAGAAGGUGCUGCACAUGGACAGGAACUCCUACUAUGGAGGAGAAAGCGCGUCCAUCACCCCUCUGGAGGAUUUGUUCAAGCGUUUCAGCCUUCCUGGUAGCCCUCCUGAGUCCAUGGGAAAGGGCCGCGACUGGAACGUGGACCUCAUUCCUAAGUUUCUCAUGGCUAAUGGUCAGCUGGUGCGUAUGCUGCUGAUCACACAGGUGACGCGCUAUCUGGACUUCAAAGUGAUCGAGGGCAGCUUUGUCUACAAAAAGGGCAGCAUCUACAAAGUGCCCUCCACUGAGACUGAAGCUCUGGCAUCCAGCCUCAUGGGACUUUUCGAGAAAAGAAGAUUCAGGAAGUUCCUGGUGUUUGUUGCCAACUUUGACGAAAACGACCCAAAGACCAUGGAAGGAGUGGACCCUAAAAAGACCACCAUGCGAGAUGUGUACAAAAAGUUUGACCUGGGCCAGGAUGUCAUUGAUUUCACCGGCCACGCUCUCGCUCUCUACCGCACAGACGAUUAUCUGGAUCAGCCCUGCAUAGAGACGAUAAACAGGAUUAAGCUGUACAGCGAGUCUCUGGCGAGGUAUGGAAAGAGUCCAUAUCUGUACCCUCUGUAUGGCCUGGGAGAACUGCCCCAAGGCUUUGCCAGAUUAAGUGCCAUUUAUGGAGGAACCUACAUGCUGAACAAGCCCAUUGAGGAAAUUGUCAUCGAGAAUGGCAAAGUGGUGGGCGUCAAAUCUGAGGGAGAGAUCGCUCGCUGCAAGCAGCUCAUUUGCGACCCUAGUUAUAUCAAGGACCGAGUCAACAAGGUGGGUCAGGUGAUCAGAGUCAUCUGCAUCUUGAGCCACCCUAUCAAAAACACCAGCGACGCCAACUCCUGCCAGAUCAUCAUCCCUCAAAACCAGGUCAACAGGAAGCACGAUAUCUAUGUGUGCAUGAUCUCUUACGCACAUAACGUGGCAGCCCAGGGUAAAUACAUCGCCAUCAUCAGCACCACCGUGGAGACCAACGACCCUGAGAAAGAGAUCAAACCAGCCCUGGACCUCCUGGAACCGGUUGAGCAGAAGUUUGUGAGCAUUAGUGACCUGUAUUCGCCAACUGAUGUGGGAUCUGACAGCCAGAUCUUCAUCUCUCGCUCUUAUGACGCCACGACCCACUUCGAGACGACCUGUGACGACAUCAAAGACAUCUACAAGCGAAUGACGGGCACAGAGUUUGACUUUGCCGAAAUGGAGCGCAAGAAGAACGACAUUUUUGGAGACGCCGCUGACCAGUAAACUAGCUCCAGCUGCUCUUGAAUAUCAGAUAUUCAGACCAUCAUAAUCUUAACAUUUAAAACAAAACGAAUUGGGCAAGCUGGCUAUUCAAGUGUAUGUUUUGCCCAUAAUGAAAUUCAUGUAAACCGUUAUACAAAUUUAGCAUUUGUCAGGGGGGAGAAGGGGGAGAAGGUUUUGCCGGUCUGCUUUUUAUAAUCUGGAAACAAGAUCCAUUUUGCACUGAUUGUUUAUCGAUGCCCUGUAUUCAGUUUCCAUCAUGCGAUCUCUAUCUCAACCUGCUUAGACAUGAAAUGCGACAAGUCCAAAGAUGCCAAAUGAUCAGAUGUGUUCACGUGAUAUGAAGAAAUGCAGAAUUAAUAAUAAUAAUAAUAAAUAAAUGUCUCAGCUUCAGCUUUAAAGAAGACAAGCUUAAAGCGGAGGCUGCUAGGUUUCAAAUCCGGGCAGGUUUAACAGCACACAUACUACUAUUAAACUAUCCACUUCUAAGGUAACUUCCAGGGAUUAUUCAUUACUCUUCUUUUCCUACAGAUUACAACUGGUGCUUUAACUAAAAUCCUGAAUUUGCAAUUGAGUUAGAUUGAAGGGACGUCUCAAGCACACACACAGUGUAGAUAAUCUACUCAUGUCCGACCACACAGUAUUCGUUUUUGCAAUAUGCUCAUGUGAUUUGACAUAACUGACCCCCCAUUUAUUAGCUGUAAAUUGCGCUACUUGUUGGAAGGGCCAGCUUUCGCCUUGCAUCUCUUUUCUGAUGGGUUAUGCGUGAUUCUAAGGCCACUACGCAGAGGUUAUCACACGUCAGCGGGGAAAGCUGCUUAACUGUAAGUCUGGAAUCUGCUUGUUUAGUGUGUGUGUGUGUGUGUUAGGGAGAUCGCUCUCCUUUUCCCUCGCCGCAGAGCGAGGAGCAGGCAUCGGCUGCUGACUUCUCCUUAAUGGCUCUGACGUGUUAGCAAGGACCAAAAUGUCUACGGCAGUAUUGACAUGACCGGGGCCCUGUGCAAAAUGUCACCAAUGUUUUAAAAAACACAUGCUGAACGGAUGGGGCUCAAAUGAUUUCUGUACUGCGAAGUAAAAAAAAAAAGUUAACUUGUGGAAAA